ACCGAGCGCAGGCCACUCCCGGGAAGCGCUCGAAAUCGACACAGAGCGAACGCGAUUCCGGGAGCGCUUGUUACACGCGUCUGUGUGUGUGUGUGUGUGUGUGAGUGUGUGCGCGCGCGUGAGAGCUCUUAUUCGUGUGCCUCGAAUGUCCUCUCGCCAGUUGCGUGUGUACAUGUGUGUGUGUGUGUGUGUGCUCUUUCCGGUGGAUUGUGUCGGUGCCACCGUCCACGGCAUGUAGCACCUGGACCCGCGCGUGCAUUGGCUCCCUGCGGUUUUUCCGGUGUGUGCUGCACUUCUCCUCACGGAUUCUAACGGAGGCAGAGGAGCGAGAGGAGGAGGAGGAGGAGGAGGAGGACGGAGGGAACGGGACGGAUUGUGCGUUCGAGGAAGAAGAAAAAAGCAUCGUUUUGGUUUACAUCGUGUGUGUGCAUCUGGAGAGGAGAGGAUAGGGGGGGGGGGGGGGGGGGGGUGGGUGGGAAAUUAACCGGGGGGGCAGCACCGGAGAGCCGUGUGUGCAGCUUCCACUCGGUCGAUGGUCUUUGAAGAAGCUUCCAUUUUGAGUCCCGCACCGACCGAGAGAAUCAUGGCGAGCGACUCCCCGGCGCGGAGCCUGGACGAGAUAGACCUGUCUGCACUACGGGACCCAGCUGGUAUAUUUGAGCUGGUGGAACUGGUCGGUAAUGGUACCUAUGGGCAGGUCUAUAAGGGCGGGCCCAACGACGGGACCGUGGCCGUCAGCGACAUCCCCCGCAUCAUGCCAGCCGCCAGUCAGGGAGCCAACGAGGCCUUCGGGCUGACGGAGGGCCAGGACGGUCCCCAUGGCGACGCCUACGGGAACCCCUCCCAGGACAGCACCCUGAUGAUGCGCGAGAAACGAAGGGACAGGAGGCGGAGCUCUGCCGCCAGCAACGGGUUCCCCGGCAACACUUAUCUGUUUCCCGGCAACGCCAGUCUGCCCGAUUUGGUGCAGCAAAGCACCUCCCCCUUGGUCUCCCCCGGCGACGGCUCUGGGGCCCACUACGGUAUGGUAAGUGGGAGUGGCUCCAAGGCUUCCUUCACCCCAUUCGUCGAUCCGAGGGUCUACGGAACCUCCCCCACCGAUGACGACGAUGAGAACUCUGCCUCAGCGCUGUUCGCCGAUGAGCUCCUCCGGCAGGAGCAGGAGCAGGCCCGACUAAACGAGGCCAGAAAGAUCUCGGUGGUCAACGUGAACCCCACCAACAUCCGACCCCACAGCGACACCCCGGAGAUCCGCAAGUACAAGAAGCGCUUCAACUCGGAGAUCCUGUGCGCUGCGCUCUGGGGCGUCAACCUGCUGGUGGGGACGGAGAACGGCCUCAUGCUGCUGGACCGCAGCGGCCAGGGGAAGGUCUACAACCUCAUCAACCGCCGGCGCUUCCAGCAGAUGGACGUCCUGGAGGGCCUCAACGUGCUGGUCACCAUCUCCGGUAAGAAGAACAAGCUGCGCGUGUACUACCUGUCCUGGCUUAGGAACCGGAUCCUCCACAACGACCCUGAGGUGGAGAAGAAGCAGGGCUGGAUCACCGUGGGGGAGCUGGAGGGCUGUGUGCACUACAAAGUCGUCAAGUACGAGAGGAUCAAGUUCCUCGUGAUCGCCCUGAAGAACGCGGUGGAGAUCUACGCAUGGGCCCCCAAACCCUACCACAAGUUCAUGGCCUUCAAGUCGUUCACUGAGUUGCAGCACCGCCCCCAGCUGGUUGACCUGACGGUGGAGGAGGGUCAGAGGUUAAAGGUCAUCUACGGGUCCAGCGUGGGCUUCCAUGUCAUCGACGUGGACUCUGGCAACCCCUACGACAUCUACAUCCCCUCCCAUAUCCAGAGCCAGGUGACCCCCCACGCCAUCGUGGUGCUGCCCAAGACGGACGGCAUGGAGAUGCUGCUGUGCUACGAGGACGAGGGCGUCUACGUCAACACCUACGGCCGCAUCACCAAGGACGUGGUGCUGCAGUGGGGCGAGAUGCCCACCUCCGUCGCCUACAUCCACUCCAACCAGAUCAUGGGAUGGGGAGAGAAGGCCAUCGAGAUCCGCUCCGUGGAGACGGGGCACCUCGACGGAGUUUUCAUGCACAAGCGAGCUCAGCGACUAAAGUUCCUGUCGGAGAGGAACGACAAGGUGUUCUUCGCUUCGGUCCGGUCCGGCGGCAGCAGCCAGGUGUUCUUCAUGACGCUGAACAGGAGCUCCAUGAUGAACUGGUAACCCGUCUCGAGCCAGAGAGGAGAGCUGAUGCAAGGGGACACGGAGCAGCCAACCCCAACCCCCCCCCCCCCAGAAAAAAAAGUUAAACGACUACCAGAGAUGUUCAACCCUCUCCCCUGACACAACCCACUCCUACCCUAGCAAAUUCAAUGAAUAUACCCCCACCCUCCCCAUCCCUGAAACCACGCCCUCCAUCCAUGGGGGAGGGGGGCGGCUACUCAACGUAAGGUACGGCUGCCCCCGCUGACUACCGGGACUCCGGGUCCUCUUCCUCUGGACCUUUUUGUACGGCGGAUGCUGAUUCAUCUCGGAUGUUCUCCCGGGUGUUUCUGGGUCGCCGGACACCGUUCAAUGUCAACCGGAAAGCAGACUAACUACAUGUUAAGUAGCCUUGUGGUUUGUUGCUCACCUUGAGCACGGAAGUAGUUUUCUCUGUAGCGUAGGUCCGAGAUGGCGCGGUCGAUGGUACUACUACCGCCCUGUGCUGUUUAAAUCAGUGUAUUGCUCUCUCUCUCGCUCUCUCUCCCUCUAUGAUUAAGCACAGGAUAAAAUAAUCAACACACCGAAUAUGGGCAUGGUCUGGCUAACAUGGGUGGUCUCUCCGAUUGGGUUUUCAAACGCAAUCACAUCUUCGUGUGACGGUUGGAAUCAAUAUUGUUGUGGGGACAAACGUUCCGGUCGGCCCCGAUUUAAAAAAGAAACGUCGCUGUUGUAGCGGGAGAACAGCAAAAUUUUCAUCCGUCGAUGUCUGUCCGAUUUUAAUGCAUUUCUAUUCCCACUGUCGACAAAUUAGAUCUAUGGGGAAAAGAUGGCAAAAUACAGAACAAUUAACGUCAAGCAAGCUUCUCUUGCUUGGAUCACAGAUUAACAAACAAAACGAUUGCUUAGUACAUUACCAUUAUCAAUGUAGUGCACCUUUCUUCCUUACUCACAUUUACUUUGUUUUCUGCAAGUACACAGAGAAUCCCAUGCGCUCUUUGCGUCUGAAAAGUACAGGAGUUCCUUUUUCCAAAACUCCUCAUUGUUGAUUUAAGAUGCUAUUUCUUGCUGUAGGGACUUUGACAUAUCAAAAAAAAGAAAAGAAGCAAAUCAUACUUCUCUUAACGCAGAUCCCAAGAUCUUAACUCCAAUUUUUUUUGGAUCCAUAGGUACACAAGUGAUGCAUCACAAAGCUUGAAUUUUUAAUAAAAUCUUUUGUACCUUUUUUACCAUUUUCUUUUUGAAAUAUCUAACAUUAAAUUCUACCGAGACAAGAGGAUGGCAUCACAAAAGACAGAGAUAGAGUCACUUAGUCCUUAUAACAGUGUAACCUGGAGAACAACAAAGUGUGUAGAUAUUGUAAUGUUGCUCUCUCUUUCUCACACACACACACACACACACACACAGCCACACACACACACACACACGCACACGCAUACACACACACACACACACACACACACACACACACACACACACACACACACACACACACACACACACACACACACCUAAACACACACAGAACUCAAACCAGAGCACCAGUUUUGCCAAAAAGAAUUUGGCCCAGUUGCCAAUCUGUGGCAGUUCCUCGCGCAUCUCCCCCCAACCACUAAAAACUUCCACUUUCCUGUGUAUAUUGCACUUGUAUAAAUACACAUUUAUACUGUGAAGGACCCCAAUCAACUGCGCAAUCUGACACUGCAGAUUAUGUCAGAGUAGUUGUCGGGAAAGAUCCAACAUUCUCUUCCCUUCUACAGACUUGCGCAGAUUGCUAAACUAAAACGUAGUUAAGGAUCUGUUGUUUUGUCCUUAGUUACUGACAUUCAGGCGUGAUGUACAUCGCCUGUGUGUGUUGUUCAUGUCACUAAGUGGUUUAGCUCGAUGCUAGUAUGCUGGGUUGUCUAGUCGUCGAGUAGAAUAAGGAGGAGCUUGGACCCGUGUGAUGUAAUUCUUUGCCCGACUAAGGGACAACGGUUCAACUGCCUAGACUGACAAAUGGGAAAAUCAAAUGGGAGAUAAAAAUAUCUUCCUAAAAUGCCGACAGGCUGUUUUGAGGUUUGAAUACAGAUUUUGGAUGUGGCAAAGAAACUGUUGAAAAUCGCUAGCAUGUCCUAGCUUAGCGCUUCAACGUUUGAUUCUCUGACCUUUGUUGCAAGGCAAUUCCAUACUUAAUUAGGCAACAAAUAAAUGUUUUAAACUGUAGUACUCGGACUGAUAAAGAUUUCCCCCAGUGGUGUUUCUAAUGUCACGUUUUAACGAUUUAAAAUUAUACAUUGUUUCUAAAGGUUUUUUUUUUUAGUAUGAAGAAAGGAACCAACUGGAAUAUAUACAAAAGUCCAAAAAAACUACUUUACUUUACCCUACAACCCAGGCUUAUAUUAUAUUAUUUGUGUUCAUCAUUUUAGAGUUUGGGAGGUAGUAGAUUUACAAUUUUAAAUAAAGGCAUAGCAACAAUUCUGAACAUGUUUGCACAAGGUACUCAACCAAUGCGUACAAGAAAAGGUUCCAUAUUAUUCCAUACUUAUUUACAUUGGAAUGUUUCAAGCAAGUACACUGAGUAAGCACGUACAAUAUGUUCUCAAUGUCUUACCCGAUGACUGUUUAGUACUAACUUUUUAUUUUUGACACACAUUUGAGAGUUUAUUGUUAAACAUUUCUGUUAAGUGAAUCGAACCUAGUCCCUGGUUUCGUUGGCCUGUACCUCCAUGCCCACAAGCGCAUUGGUUCAGUGGGAUGGUGGAAGCCGUUUAUGGUGGACUAGAUAAUAGCGGAUAUCAGGCAGAUGGAAAGAAGCACAGUUAAGUGUUUUACGGAGAAGGCAGGCAACGUUCUGGGACCACAGAUUUAAAUAUAUAUAUGUAAAGGCAUUUUAGCUAUAUCAGCAUUCAUUUUACAGAAAGACAAAAAAAUAAUUCAUGAGAAAUCUUAGUUGUCUUUCUACAGCAUAAAGAAAAAAAUCUAUAAUAAUUUCUAAAAACAAAUGUAAUGAUGAUGAUAAUGAUGAAAUAAAUACAAUGUUUUUAUUGUGGUA